UUGUUACAAAUGCUCUAUAUCAGACAGCUGGUUGUGUCUUCUUUCAUACUCAUUCCGAUCAUUCAUGGAUUGAAAUGCUACACCGAACAAGGCUUCAUAAACCAAACAAAUCUUGGCAAUCUAACGGAAUGUUAUGGUGUAGCUUAUUCAUGCAGUAAAACGGUGAAUUAUAACACAGGAACCUAUGCGAAGUCAUGUAGCCCAUCGAAUUGUACGAAUCCCAAUGAUUAUUCUUCGAAUACUGCUGGAUGUUUUAAUAAUACCCGCUCCCCUACCUUUUCCGGAGAGAACGUUCCGUUAACAUCAAUUUGCUGUUGUUAUGGCGAUGGUUGCAACUCCGCUCCGUCUCCCGUGAACCUUCUUCUCUCUGUCGUCGUCGCUUCAACAUCUUUCAUUUUCUCAUUUUUUUGA